AUGGAGUCUAUCAAGAGCACCAACAGAAGACCAGCAGAGCACUUUUGCCCGAGAUGUCCUGGAGUUAUCCUGCCUGCUUGCUCGAUGGAGGAGCAUUUCCGGCAACACCACCGUUCCUGGAUCCUGGAUCAUCCCGAGUUCCACGUCCGCAUGAACUCGACGAGCGAAAUUUACCUCUACAAGGAGCAGGAUUGCCUGUUUUUCAUCAAAUGCGACCUGGACGUGGAGUCGAGGGAUUUCAAAUUGAGCAGUUUCAAUCUCGGAGACGGCAACGUUCAAUUGGUGUUCGAAACUUUCCUGCUGGAAGAACCGAUUGAUUGUUUGCAAAUUCUGCAGAAGGACAACGACGGGCUGGACAUCGAUUGGAUAAUCGCCAAAGUGAAGAUUCGCUGCGGCGAUAAUUUCGAAUAUUUUCGCGAUUUGUGCGCUAACGUUAACGUUAAAUGGCCGGCGAAAAUUAACGAAAACCGAUUGCCUUCGAAUCUGAAAGUUUGCGAGGAUUUUACUCACUUAGUUAAUACUAAGGAUAAUUCGAGGAUAUAUAUGAAUUGUUUGAAUUGUUUCGCUUAUUUCUACGGCGGUCCCAUUCCCGGUUACUUCCUCGAAAUCGACGGUAAUCGAUACUUUUUGUGCGAGUUUUGCCACGAAAUCGACGCGAAAAAACGCAAAAUUAUCAAAAACAAUCCGAUAAGCAAAGCUCGAAGUUCGAGUAUAUCGUACGAAUGUCGAUUUAAUUGCGGUUUUUGCGCCGAUAAUCUUGCAAACCACGAAAACGAUUGCGCUUACCAGCCCGACAUGGAGUGUCCCUUCGAAGAUUGCGCUGUUUCGGAUGCAUUCGGGGAAAUACUCGAGCAUUUAUCGCACGAUCACGCCGUGGAUAUUUGCACGAAACCGUUCUUGGACGUCGAACUGGAUUCCGCCGAUCAGGAACCGGACACGGUGGUUCAGAAAGUCGUCUGGGUCGUGCCCUAUUUCGUGGUUGUUACCUUCACACCGGGAGAGAAAUAUUGGGAAGUUUGCGUGGAAUUCAACGACAGGACGAACGUGCCCAAAGACAUCAAACUCAGGGCUUCCCUGUACGAUGGGAAUCGAGAAUUGCAGAGGGUUUUGGGCGAAAAUCGCAAGUAUAAGUUGGGUUAUGGUAGGAAGAUUGACAGUGAUUUUAACCAUUUGUACCUGGACAAAAUUGAUCAACUAAACGCAACGUUCCCCAAAGUUGCUCAAGCUAUAAUAAGCUUGGCGAAAUAGCGAAAAAUCAAAGUUGUCGAGAAUGAAAAUGAUUGGAUCCACAUAUAGUGACUCUAUUGAUAUUGCCGUAUUUAUUUGAUGCUCCAAUUACGAUUCGAAAGGGCUCUUCUAGGCUCACCUGGCGACCAUCGAGAACGAAAACGGCAGAGAGUUUCGUUCUGCAUAUUAAGGUACAUCCACAUUACACUUAAAAAUCCUUUCGAGUAAUUAGCAAUUUUUUUAUAAUUCCAAUACACAUUCUAAUUCUUAAAACAUUUCUUUUCUUUUUUUGUGUAUAAUAAGUGAAAGAUAUAAGUUUGUUUUUCAAUCUGAACUGUAUUACCAC